CAUCAUUCCAAGUUUGAGUGGCCGAGUAGAAGGUUGUGCUUUAGUGCAGUGACGUUGAUUUCGCGUGAAAUUUUGCAACCUAUUGAAGGGAAAAAAAUCAAUUAGCAGCAACAAUGCAGGAACACAACGGAAGGAAGGAAAUCUCGGAGGAGCCACCGAUGAGCCGUCUGUUUGUGAUUUGUGGCAAAAACAUUACCCAGGAGCAGCUCACACGCCAUUUCCAAGAUGCCGGUGAAAUCGAGGAGUGCGUCGUCAUUAUCGACAAGAAAACCGGCCAGGGCAAGGGUGUUGCGUAUGUUAAAUUCACCAAAACAUCCGCGGCAGCCCGAGGUCUCGCGAAAAAUGGAACCAACAUUGAGGGUCAAACACGGCCGAUAAAAGUGAUGAUUUCCGCUAGCUACCAAAAGAAGAAGGAAGAUGGUGCUCCUACGGAAGUAAAUGAAUACAAAUUCCGUCGUCUGUUUGCGGUGGUUCCCAAUUCAAAGGAUGAGGAUACGAUCAGAGAGGAAUUUUCCAAAUUUGGAAACGUAACCCAGAUCCGGCUGGUUCCGGACAAAAAGAAUCUAAGCCAGUGUGCAGCGUACGUUACGUUCAGCAGUUUUCUGGAAACAGCCCUGGCCAUUGAAGGUUGUCCGGCCUCCUACAGGGCCAAGUUCUGUCUUCCACGCGAUAGCUUGAAAAAGGGUGAUGAUAGAGACAGUGGUAGUAAAUUUGGUUCCUCCAAUGGAUCCGCUCGGAAAAGGACUCAUUCACCGGAAUCUCAUCGGUCCGGGGGAGAUUUCAAACUGGUCGUCAUUUGCAGCAGCUGUCUGAAUCAGGAUCGCCUAUGGAGGAUUUUUGACAUUGCUCCUGGAAUGAAGUACUGCAAUAUUGUUACGCAAAACGACAUAAAUACAACUGCAUGCGUAGUUUACUCGAGCCGCGAGGAGGCCCAACGCGCAGUAGAAAAAAUUCACGGCCUAGAAUAUCCCUUCGGAGAACGUAUAAUUGUCCGACACGAGGACGAAUUCCGUGAGGAAGUCUGUUCGAAUGAUAUGCUGUCUCAGCUUGGCCCGCCAAAGCCCAUGUUAAACCCACAGUCAACUUUCUGCGCGAAGAAAGCCUUCUUCAUCUGUAUGCCGGAGGCUGUUUCUGUAAAACUACUGCAGGACGCUUUCUGUCGGUUUGGCGAUCUUAUCAAUGUGUACGUAAUUCCCGGAAAACGGCACGGAUAUGCUGCGUUUGCCAGUGAAGUCGCUGCCGAUCGAGCCAUCCAACAGUUGCACGGAAUGCAGCUGGGUGAUUGCCGGCUUAAGGUGCUUGAGUGUAUGGAACAAAAUGACAACAAGAGGCAGCGACCGAUGGAGCAGUAGGCGGUUGGAGUUAAUUAAAUGGACAUUUGAACAGGAAACGCCACAGAAAGAACGAAUAUAACGAAACAACAAGGAAAAAUUGAGGCAAGCUCUUGAAUAACAAAUUCUUUUCCGAACAAUGGGAAACAAAUAGAAAACAUUUACUCUCAUGUAGACGCUAACUGUCAGACGAAUGGAUUGUAUGAUUCAAUUUAAUGAAGUAGAAAUUCACAUCAAUAGGAAUGUAGAGAACAAAACAAAAUAAACUAUAAGCAUUGAUAACCGGACGAUCGAACGGGAAAGAAACUUGAUAACUAAUGAUUCAAUGGAAAAUGAAAAAAGUAACAUUCAAGUAAAUGAGAAAUUGAAUCUAGGAAACCAUUUGAAUCAUUUCAUUAAAUUAAAUAACUUAUUUAAGAUUAAAAAAUAAUGUAACUGAUAACAAUAGCCGUUUUAUUGUGCAAGUAAACACAUAAAUCAUAAUGACUGAAAUGGAAGGAGUGAAAUAUAACUAGGAAUAUCAA